CCACCCCACCGAGGGAGCCUGGACCUUGCCCUCCCUCACUUCCAAACAGAGUUUGAACCUGGGUCUGAAGGCUGUGCGGGAGCUGCAGCGCGGUGACAGUGGACAGAACCCCGUGUCCUCUUGGUGCCGCGCACGCCCCAAUCAUGGAGGUCCCCAAGAAGCUGGUGUGCUCGGUGGCCAGCUGUGCUGAGGAUGCACUGGCAGGGCUGGUGGCAUGCAACCCCGGGCUGCAGCUGCUGCGGGGACACCGAGUGGCCCUACGUUCUGACCUGGCUGCCCUGCGGGGACGUGUGGCACUGCUCUCCGGGGGGGGCUCCGGACACGAGCCCGCUCAUGCAGGCUACAUUGGGAAAGGCAUGCUGAGUGGCGUGGUAGCCGGUGCCAUCUUCACCUCUCCCGCUGUGGGCAGCAUCCUGGCAGCCAUCCGGGCGGUGACAGCGGCUGGUGCAGUGGGGACGCUGCUGAUCGUGAAGAACUAUACCGGGGACCGCUUGAACUUUGGGCUGGCACUGGAGCGGGCACGGGCAGAGGGCACCGAUGUACGGAUGGUGGUGGUGGGCGAUGACUGUGCCUUCACCAGCCAGAAGAAAGCUGGGCGCCGCGGGUUGUGUGGCACUGUCCUCGUGCACAAGGUGGCUGGAGCCAUGGCUGAGGCGGGGGCAAGCUUGGAUGAGAUCGUCACAAGGGUGUCAGCACUCACCAAAGGCAUGGGCACUCUGGGGCUCAGCCUGUCACCAUGCAGCGUGCCUGGCUCCAAGCCUACCUUCCAGCUGGCUAAUGAUGAGAUGGAGCUGGGGCUGGGGAUCCACGGCGAGGCUGGCGUGCGCAGAAUGAAAGUGAUGCCUGUGGAUGAGGCGGUGGAGACAAUGCUGGCGCACAUGACCGACCCCUCCAAUGCCUCUCACCUGCCCCUGAGCCCUGGAGCCUCUGUGGUGCUGGUGGUGAACAACCUGGGUGGUCUGUCCUGCCUGGAGCUGAGCAUUGUGGCUGGUGUGGCUGUGAGCAGUCUGGAGAAGCGUGGCGUCUGUAUUGCUCGGGCACUGGUGGGCUCCUUCAUGACAGCACUGGAGAUGGCCGGGAUCUCCCUCACCCUUCUGCUGGUGGACAAGGAGCUGCUGAAGCUGAUUGAUGCUGAGACCACUGCCGUGGCAUGGCCUAACGUGGUCACAGGACCUGCCAUGAGCCAGAGACCAGAGGUGGAAGCACCAAAGGAGGGAAUGGAGACAGCAAAGCAAGUGCCCAGUACAGGGCCCGGCAUGGAGCGAGCACAGAAGGUGCUGGCACGAGUGUGCAGCACCCUGCUGGGCCUGCAGGACAAGCUCAAUGAGCUGGACCGUGCAGCAGGUGAUGGGGACUGCGGCCACACGCACGCCCGAGCUGCCCGAGCCAUCCAGGAAUGGAUGCGUGCCCAGCCCCUGCCUUCAUCUCCAGCCCAUCUCUUCUCCGCUCUGGCCGACCUCCUGCUGGACAAGAUGGGUGGCUCCUCUGGUGUGCUAUAUGGACUGUUCCUGACAGCAGCAGCCCACCCCCUGCACAACCGCAGCGACCUGCCAGUGUGGGCCGAUGCUGUGGAUGCUGGCAUCGAAGCCAUGCAGCGGUACGGAGGAGCGGCCCCAGGCGACAGGACAAUGCUGGAUGCACUGUGUGCUGCAGCACAGGCACUGCGUGCCCUACGCAGCCCCAGAGCUGACCUGCUUACGGUGCUGGCCUCUGCUGUGGAGAGGGCAGAGGCAGCAGCAGAGUCUACUCGGCACAUGGAGGCUGGUGCAGGCAGAGCCAGCUACAUCAGCUCAGCCCAGCUGCUGCAGCCUGAUCCUGGGGCUGUGGCGGCAGCAGCUGUCCUGCGAGCUGUGCUGGAGGGAUUGCAGGGCUGAGCUAUAUCCCCCUGCAGGUCCCCAGGGCCACGGUGGUGAUGGGAGAGGUGUUGGCACACCCUGCAUGCCCCUAAUAAACCUUUGCAGUCCCA